AACGAGAUGGGGCGGGGGCGGGGAGGGGAGAGAGAGGAUAGGGCAGAAAAAGAAAUGGGGGCGAAAUGACGUGUUGAGCAAUCACACUUCUUGUUUCCGUUGUUGAAAGUGAAAUUGUCCAGCGGUUCUGGAUAGGAAAAAAAACAUUGUUUCCCUUCUCUCUCUUCCUCAUCAACAAGGGAAAAAGCUCUGUCACAGUUGUUCUCCCCCUGCCCAGCAACCGCCCCCUUCCACUUUUAUAUUUUUAAUAAAGGUCAUGAUCCACUGUAUAGUUUUUUGUACCAAAGGGGCCAAAAAGGAUGCAGGGCCAGCUGGAUAGUUUAAGCUCUGAUGUGUCAGUAUUUGAUGAUGUGGGGGUGUCCUUUGUUACAUACUGGGUGAUGUUUGAAAUGUACAAUACAGUACUGAGCUUCUGCAGAUGGUUGUAUCUCAGCCAAUGGAGAAGACUGCUGGCACUUAAUUUUAUGUCGAUUGCGUACCACUUUGAAGCAAGACAUCAGAGAGGGACGCUGGAAGAAAUGAAGAAUUCCUACAAAGUACAUUUGAGAAGUAAUUAGAGAGAAGGAAAGGAUUAUUGACCAUAUUUGGAGGAAAUGCUUCAAGAAUCUCAUGAACUGUUUCAAAAUGUGGCGCAUCAUCUUGAGGAAAUGGAUACCUCAGACACCCAGUGGGGAUGGUUUUAUUUGGCUGAAUGUGGCAAAUGGCAUAUGUUUGAGACUGAUUCUAAUACCCAGUGUUCAUUAAGCAGUGAAGAGAUUGAAAGAAGGUUCAAAAUGAAUCCACAAGGUUCCAUUUCUUUCACAACUUCAAAAUUUAACUACAUUUUAGACUUUUUAGGAAUGAAACAAAUUAACCAAACAACUAGAAAAGAACGUCCCAUAAAACGAGCUCCAUUUUCUAUCAAUGCUUUCAGUUAUAUCUGUGAAAACCAGUCAAUCCCUGUGCCAGCACACUGGGAGAAUGUAAAUUCAGAAGAACCAUACCAGCUCAUUCCUCUGCAAAAGCAGACAAAUGAAUAUCUCCAAGUUGCUGGCUACUUUGGAAGAACAAUGGACACUCAUCGGAUUAAGCGAAUCCAGAGAAUUCAAAACUUGGACUUGUGGGAAUUUUACUGCAGGAAGAAAGCUCAGUUGAAGAAGAAAAGAGGUAUUCCCUUCAUUAAUGAACAUAUGUUGUUUCAUGGCACCAGCAGUGAAUUUGUGGAAGCCAUCUGCAUUCAUAACUUUGACUGGAGAAUCAAUGGCAUGCACGCUGCUGUAUAUGGAAAAGGGACAUAUUUUUCCAGGGAUGCUUCAUACUCCAGCCGUUUCUGCAAAGAUGACCUGAAACAUGGCAAUACAUUUCAAAUCCACGCCGUUGAUCUGCAACUUCAUGUCCUUAGGAAGCACAAAAUGAUGUUUCUUGCCCGUGUAUUGACUGGAGACUAUAUUGGUGGAGACUCCAAAUAUGUGAGACCACCUUCAAAAGAUGGGAGCCUUGUAAAUUUGUAUGACAGCUGUGUGGACAAUACUUGGAACCCAAAAAUUUUUGUAAUCUUUGAUGCCAACCAGAUUUAUCCGGAAUAUUUAAUAGAGUUCAGCUGAGACUUCUA